AUGAACCCUCAGCCACAGUCGUGGAAUCCUCAAGCAUUGCUCAACCCCCGUGCCUACGCAUCCUCUACUCCUGCCUCGAAGCGAAACUCCCCUAAACCUCAGUCUCUAGCGACUCGAUCCGCGCCAGCGAACCAAAGCGCCAAUAGCGGCGCCUUCGUAUUUCAAUUUGCGAGUCCGAAUGACACCCCGAGCGAAUCGUUGACACCGGGCAUGACUUCAGGCGCAUCGACCCCCGGUCAUGACGGACGCGUGUCGCCUUAUGGGAUGGGCAGCAUGAUUGAACGAAUGAAGGAUGUACAGGAGCGCGCUUCUGCGCCUCAGCCCAAGCGCAGAAAGUACGACACCCCUGAAUCCGAUGCUGACAACAAAAAGACGAUGGGGCCUGGCGGCAGCGGAAUGCUGGGCGCCUAUGUUAAGGAAAAGCAGGAUGCAGGCAAAAAGGAGAACGCAAAAGUAUCCACGAACACGGUGGAUCUCACUGAGGGCGACGAUGAUGUGGUCAUGGUUCAAGACCCCGCAGCCGAGGAGGUCUGCUACGGCAUGCUUACUGCCAAACUCGAUUGCCACAAGGUGCCCUCUCCAAAGCCAGGAACGCAAAGUAUAUUUGGACCGGAUUUCAUGCCGCCAGUCAAGAUCGUCUUGAAGCGAAUUAUCGGAGACUCGACGAAGAAGAUUCAAGCCUACGAUUACACGCGCGAUAUCAUUGGAAACAUCGACGCACACACUGCCGGAGCCCUUGUUCCCUUGCUGGACUCCAACGUGCGCCUCAGAACCGACUGCAAGAUCCCCACGCACAGGAAGCAGGCAGAUGAGGAGUCGGGCAAGCCUAUCUCGAGGUCCUACCCCGUGGAGAUGACUCUCUACGGUCAGUACAGAUUCGUGAAGGCUGUGGGCAAGCACUUUGAGCGGGCCAAGAUCAUUCUGCGCCACCCCACUAGAGUUGACUCUGGCGUCAGAUACGAAAACGUCCACGCCGAGUCGAAGCCCAUUCCAGCACCCGGCGCCAGAAACCUGGCCGGGGCCCUUGCUCAGUACAACAGUCACUCGUCGUCGACUUACUACACAAACCCAACCCCUCGCACUGUUGAGGAGAUUCGGUCAGACGUCAUGGGCGUCUUUGACUCCAUGGGAAAGACGGAUGAGCUUCCUGAAAUGGAUCCAUCACCAAUCGUCACCACCGAACUCCUCAAGCAUCAGAAGCAGGGCCUGUAUUUCAUGGCAAACAAAGAGAAGACGUCAAGCGCCGAGGAGAGAACCAAGGGCUCGAUGUGGCAGCUCAAGAUCGGCCCCUCCGGCCAGAAGUCCUACUACAACGUCAUCACAGGCCAAGCAGAGCGACAGCUUCCACCGGACACCCACGGUGGCCUGCUCGCUGACAUGAUGGGCUUGGGAAAGACGCUUAGUAUCCUCUCACUCCUCGCCAGCUCUAUGGACGAAGCUCGGGAAUGGGCAAGCCGCGCGCCUGUGCAGCCCGAAAUGCCGCCCCAGAAGGCUGGGGGCAAAGCGACGGCUUCGAGCUCCCUGCCACUCACUAACAUCGCCCUGAAUUCCAAGGCGACGCUUCUUGUGUGUCCCCUAAGUACCGUCACCAACUGGGAGGAGCAGAUCAAGCAGCACAUCGCGCCUGGACAAAUGAGCUACUACAUUUACCACGGCUCGAACAGGAUCAAGGACGUCGAAAAGCUGGCAGACUUCGAUUUGGUGAUCACCACCUACGGCUCUGUCUCGAGCGAGCUAGGCGCUCGCAGCAAGCGGAAAUCAGGAAAAUACCCGCUGGAGGAGAUUGGGUGGUUUCGCAUCGUUCUUGACGAGGCGCACAUGAUACGCGAGGUUGCAACUUUGCAGUUCAAAGCCAUCGUUCGUCUCCAGGCUGCUCGUCGCUGGGCCGUCACUGGAACCCCCGUUCAGAACCGUCUCGAAGACUUGGCCGCCCUUUUGCAGUUCAUCCGGCUCAAGCCCUUCGACGACCGCAACAAGUUCAAUAGAUUCAUCGUGGAUCCAUUCAAAGCCUGUGACACGGAAAUCGUUCCAAAGCUCCGCGUUCUUGUGGACAGCGUCACACUGCGACGCUUGAAGGAUAAGAUCAACCUUCCACCGCGCAGCGAUCAUGUCGUCAAGCUCGAUUUUACUGCUGAGGAGCGUGAGGUUUACGAUUUGUUCGAGAAGAACGCUCAAGACCGUGUCAAGGUCCUUGCCGGAAAUGGCGUGCAGCGGGCACUAGGAGGCCACACGUACAUCCACAUUCUGCGAUCCAUCUUGCGGCUUCGCCUCCUCUGUGCUCAUGGCAAGGACCUCUUGAACGAAGAAGAUCUAGAGGCCUUGCAAGGCAUGACGGCUGACAUGGCUAUUGACCUUGACAGUGAAGAUGAGGACAACCAGCCCGGCUUGUCGAACCGCAAGGCGUACGAAAUGUUCGAACUAAUGCAGGAGACAAACACGGAUGCUUGCAGCGUCUGCUCCAAGAAACUGGGAUCCAACGACGACGCCAGCAUCGAGUCGGAGGGGCAAGAAGACAUCCUCGGCUACAUGACGCCCUGCUUCCAUAUCGUCUGUGGUGCCUGCAUCAGGGGGUUUAAAGAACAGACCAAACAGCUUCUCGCUCCAGGCGAGGCUACGGGGCCAUGCCCUGUCUGUUCCACGGUCAUCAAGCCCGCCUACGUUGACAUCCGUCGAUCCCGCGUCAAGAUUGAGCACGAGGGACCUGCUAAAGACAAGACCUCCUCAAACGGCCGCAAGACAUUCGGGAAGUACUCGGGACCACACACCAAGACGAGAGCUUUGAUAGAGGAUCUUUUAAAGUCGAAGGCCGACAGCGAGGCUAGCCCGCACGAGCCGCCGUACAAGUCCGUCGUAUUCUCGACGUGGACCUCACACCUCGACUUGAUCCAGAUGGCUCUUGACAAUGUCGGCAUCAAGUAUGUCAGGCUUGAUGGCAGCAUGACGCGUGUUGCGCGAACCCAGGCGAUGGACAGCUUUCGCGACGACAAUUCAGUUCACGUCAUCCUGGUGUCAAUCACAGCCGGUGGUCUUGGCCUCAAUUUGACUGCAGGCAGCAGCGUUUACGUUAUGGAACCCCAAUACAACCCCGCAGCCGAGGCUCAGGCCAUCGACCGAGUUCAUCGUCUGGGCCAGAAGCGUCCCGUUCGUACGGUCCGAUACAUCAUGCGAAACAGCUUCGAAGAGAAGAUGCUCGAACUGCAAGAGAAGAAGAACAAGCUGGCGAGCCUCAGCAUGGAUAGGAAGGACAGGGUGUUUGAUAAGAGCGAAGCGGCCCGACAGAGGCUUCAGGACCUUCGAAGCCUGUUCAAAUGA